AUGACUCGCCCAACGCCCCAGCGCAAAUCCAGACGCAUUACCCAAGCGUGCGACUUCUGCCACAAACGGGGCAUCAAAUGCCGGGCUGCCCCAGCAGACGCAUCGUCUCCCGGCAAUAAGUCAUGCUUGACUUGUAUUGAGUAUGACCAAGAGUGCACGCGGCACCGGCAACCCAAGAAGCGGGGCACGAAGCCGCGAGGCUCUGAAGGUAGUCAUGGUGGUGGCAAAGAUAGGCGCUGUCAAUUAGAUAACCGCAAGAUCGUGACUGCGUUGCUUGAUGUGUAUCUGGACACGAUACAUCCAACGUUCCCGUUCUUCUGCGAGAGAGAGCUAUGGGUUGGCUGGAGGGAGGGCACAUUCCCAUCUGGCUCGUCGGAGUACAUGAGUCUCAUUUGCAUGUGCGCUCUGAGUGCUCAACAUGUCGGAAAGCGGGCCCUGUUCACCGACGAUAUGGCUCCGUCUGACUUCGCAAGUCUCGCGAAUGACUAUCUUCAGGAGGCUGUGCGACUUGUGCCUGUUGAUUUUGACAGUCCGGACAUCGAUCUUAUACGAUCUUAUGGCCUCUUAGCUCUACUUGGGGCGCAGGAAGGUGACACCGCAAUGAUCCAUAAAUAUUUGGUACUCUAUCAUGGCAUGUCGGCCCGGUUCAGCUUACAUGAUGAACCGCGAUGGCCGGGUGACACAACAGAAUGUGACAGAGAGGUCAGACGCCGUCUUUGGUGGACGCUGUAUCGACUAGAAGUGCACACAGCUUGUGUUUUGGGGAGCCUCAUUCGUUGCCCCGAGGCUCAUUCUGAUGUUGGCUAUCCUUGUGGGACGCAUCAUUCAGCAUUCAUCCCCGGCCGAGAUGGGAAGUUUGAGAAUUGGUUUGAAGGGUGGAACCUGACGACCGACUUGUACCGAGUCCUCGAGCACGCAAUAUCGGAUUUCCGAACGCGAAAGCAAAAUCAGAAGUCAAUAUUGCACAAUACCCACGGCCCAAGUAAAUCCCGAGAAAUAUCGGAGACGCUCUCCAAGAUUCAGGCUGAGUUGUUACCGCAUUUUGGAAGUGCGACCGUUCGAUCAAGCGACAGUGGGAGAAAUCGGUGCGGCUUCCAGGCGGCGAAUAUUCUGUGCACCAUCCACCUAGCCAGGAUGCUCUCGACAGUAUCAGACGAAGACAACCUCCAUGCAGCAUGUAAAACAGCGCAAGAAAUGAUGCAGAACAUGGAGGCGAUACCCUUAGAGUACAUUCGAGCUGGCGGAUCGCCUCUCGUUCAGCAGCUUGCCGGCGUUGGCCAUAUGUUGAUUGGCGUCUCGGGCAAGCACAACUUGUCACGAUCAGAUUAUGGCAAUUUGAAAGGGGUUAUCACGUAUAUGGUGGACUUCUUGGGACACUUGGAGAACUAUGGCAACGUUGCUGUGACCGCAAAACAACGCCUAUUGUCUCGACUUACGGACGUGGAUCGGCGUGUAUCUGCGUCAACUCAGGAGAUCACAACCGAAACUGGACCGCAACUUGUAUGUUCUCCGUCCUCGGAAAAUCUGUUUAAUGAUGGACAGGACGGCGAUGUCUUCUCUACAACUCUUUUUAUUAGCUUUACUUGGCCUUUUGACCUGCCAGGGAACGAAAGAGAUGCUUGA